AUGUCGUCGGCUAGUUCGGUCGCUGAUAUCGGCGGUACGCCUCGAAAGACUGGACGAGUUAGCUUCAGUUCAGAAGAAGAACUUGAUACACUAGAAGAAAAUAAAGAUGCACCGAAGACGAAGGAGGCAAUCAGAUUUUCUAGCGUCUUUACAUCGUUUUGUAUCGCUAAUGCUAAGCCUUGUACCGAAUACUUAUUAUGUACAGUGUAUUUGUUGAAAGAGAGUGGUGUUGACAUAAACCUAUACUCAAGCAGUGUGCAGCAGGGAAUUAAUACUGAACAUAAACAGAAGUAUCCCGAUGUUGCAUCAGUAAGCAAUAGCUGUAGACACAAGACAUGUCUGUGUGACAACAUUUCAUCCAAUCCUGAUAAGACCGACACCGUCAUACAACCACCAGAAAGUGACAGAGAGCCCCUAGGAGAUAUUGUUCCCUAUACAUUGCUGUUAAACCGUUUGCUGAAUAGCUACGACAUGAGACUGAGACCAAAUGUUGCAGGCCCUCCUGUGCAAGUUGAGUGCGAAAUAUAUGUGAAUAGCUUUGACUCUAUAAGUGAAACGACAAUGGACUUUGUCGCAUCGCUGUUUCUACGUCAAAGAUGGAAUGACUCUCGUCUAAUUUUCAACCACAAUUCUAGCAUCUCGUUGAAUGUGAUGACUUUAUCUAAUAACAUAUGGAUUCCAGAUAUCUUUUUUGCCAACGAGAAAGAAGGCAGAUUUCACCAUGUGACUGUUGAUAACAAAUUACUGCGUAUCUGGCCUCAUGGCGAAGUCCUGUACGGCCUGAGACUAACACUGAAACUGUCGUGUGUUAUGUACUUACAACGCUACCCAUUGGACCAACAACUGUGUAAAAUGCAGAUGCAAAGUUAUAGUUAUUCCAAGAAAGACUUGGUGUUCCAUUGGAGUCCAAAAAACGCGAUUGAUAUCAACCCGGAUGUCUAUCAAUUACCAGAAUUUUCCAUUAGAGAUAUACACGCUAACGAGUGCACAGGACAACUUAUAAACCCACCAGAUUUACAUUCCUGUAUACAAACGGUGUUUGUAUUGAAUCGCCAAGUGGCAUAUCAUUUACUGCAGAGUUAUAUUCCGACCUGUUUACUGGUAAUCCUGUCUUGGAUCUCUUUUUGGAUUAACGUGGAAGCAGCGCCCGCUAGAGUUAGUUUGUGCAUUACAACUGUACUCACCAUGGCAACGCAGAAUUCAGGUGUACAGACAUCCCUGCCUAAAGUAUCUUAUAUCAAGGCAAUUGACGUCUGGAUGGCAGUAUGUCUCAUCUUUGUCUUCGCUGCUCUAUUGGAGUUUGCUGGUGUCAACUAUGUGUUGAUGGAAGGCACGUUCCGACUCAGACGUCAAGCUACACAGAGGAGACGAAGAAACAUGCAGGAACGACGCCAACCGAAAAAAGCAGAACAUUCCCCGGGUAGACACCGACGCAGAUCGCAAACUAACACCACCCUGACAGCUAUUGAACGGUGCCUAGCGGAAUUUGCAAACUCCGGUCUUGGAGAUAUGCAAACAUCGUCCUACGAAGAAAUUCUUACUGACCAACUCGCCAAGGCAAAACGUAUAGACCGUGUCUCCAGGAUUGCAUUCCCUCUCAGUUUUUUCAUCUUCAAUGUCGUUUAUUGGGUUGGUUAUCUGUUGUUAUGA